AUGGCCGUUUGCGGUCCGGUACGCUGCGCAUCAGCUCAACCUCUGGCCCCGUGUCUCCUUGCCGGAGACCUCGCCCACGCUGCUGUGGACGGGGGAGGUUGGCGAUGCGUCGCGUUUCCGGUUCUACCACGCCACCUCGCGCCGAGUCUUGCCCUCCCAGGACGUCACUUUGACGAGUCCGUCCCCUACUACCGCCUCUUCCCCUACCGCACUGCCCCGCUCCCCCUCCCGCCUCUCUUCCUCGCGCCAGGUGCUGCUGUUGCAGACCCCCUCCCCCCUCAGGGUGCCGCUCCCUCAGGUGUGUCUCAGGUAGACCCGGUUGAGCCUGUUGAGGUAGCUGUCGACUCUCGUCCUGCUGGGGGUGCUGAGCCUGGGGGUGCUGAGCCUGAGGGUUUGGAGCCUGGGGGUGUGGAGCCUGGGGGUGUGGAGCCUGGGGGUGUGGAGCCUGGGGGUGUGGAGCUUGAGGGUGCUAAGCUUGGGGGUGUGGAGCCUCGUGGUGCUGAGCUGCGGAGUCCGGAGUCUGGGGGCUCUGAGUCUGGAGGUACUAGGCCUCGGAGUCCUGCACCUGGAGGAGCCCUCUCCUCGGAGCAGCUGCGUGCAUGGUACUUAGAGUACUGCAGCCUCCGGAGAGGUACCGCUCGAGCCGGACGUACUACUGGGACUGGUGCUAGUGCUUCUUCUCCCGUUCGGGAGCUCCCCUCCCGCGAGCGGAUCCGUGAGUGGUACGAGCGGCGCCGCACUCUUCGGAGUGGCGUGCCUCGUGUUACGGACCCCGCUGCUGUUGGAGCUGCUGCUGGUGCUGAGGACUCGGACGUUGGAGCUGCUGCUGGUGCUGAGGACCCGGGCGUUGGAGCUGCUGCUGGUGCUGAGGACCUGAGCGUUGGAGCCGCUGCUGGUGCUGAGGACCCGGGCGUUGGAGCUGCUGCUGGUGCUGAGGACCCAGGCGUUGGAGCUGCCGCUGGUGCUGCGGACCCGGGCGUUGGAGAUGCUACUGGUGCUGAGGACCCGGGCGUUGGAGCCGCUGCUGGUGCUGAGGACCCGGGCGUUGGAGCUGGUGCUGGUGCUGAGGACCCUGGCGUUGGAGCUACCGCUGGUGCUGCGGACCCGGGCGUUGGAGCUGCUACUGGUGCUGAGGACCCGGGCGUUGGAGCCGCUGCUGGUGCUGAGGACCCGGGCGUUGGAGCUGCUGCUGGUGCUGAGGACCCAGGCGUUGGAGCUGCCGCUAGUGCUGUGGACCCGGGCGUUGGAUCUGCUACUGGUGCUCAGGACCCGGGCGUUGGAGCUGCCACUGGUGCUGAGGACGUGGGCGCUGGAGCUGCUGUUUGUGCUUCGGACCCUGGUGCGGGUGUCCCUGCUGGCUCUGGUGUCGCUGCUCGGUCUCCGCCGUACUUUGUUACGCUCCUUCAGCAGGUUCUUGGUCAGCUUCCUCCUCCUUUUCCUCCUCCCUCCUUAGCGUGUCCUCCACCUGUCCAGCUGCAGUCGGCGUUACCGUCUGCCUCCUCUCUCCCUGGUCCUGCUCCUUACACUGGUCCGACUGGAGGUCUUACUGAGUGGCGUGAGCCUGCGUCUCGUCCUGCGUCGCCUGAGUCUCGUCCUGAGUCGCCUGUCCGCACUGCUCUCUCUAGUAGUCGAGUCCAGCGUCAGCGUCUUCCUGCUGUCCCAGGCACUCACCAGAUGGCGCUUCGUCCGUCCACUGGUCCACAGCGUGUCCCACUGCCGUCUCCUCCUGCUUCCUCUCUUCCUGCUCUUGCUGACCCUGGGUCAGACUCUCUUCGUGCUACCAGUCCUACUGUCACGCGUCUCCCGGCUACUGUUGUCACUGACCCUUCCUUUGAGUCUGCUGCUGCGUAUGCCUUAGUUGCUGAGCUUGUCGAAUUUGCUGCUUGCUGUCGUCUAGACUACGCUGCUAGCCUAGUUGCUGAGUCUGAGUCUGUCUGUCCUCCGUCCGUCGGGGGUGAGUGUGCUCUUGGCACUGACGUCCUUGAGGACAGGCAGGAGGAGUUUGAGUGCUUUGCUGCCGCUUUGCCCCAUCUCGUGUCCAUGUUUGUUGCCCCUGAGGGAGACCCGGAUGCACCAGACAUCCCGACCCCACGCUCUUACGCAGAGGCGAUGGCCGGUCCCUACUCCUCUCAGUGGGUGAAGCGGCCGUCGGGCUCUCCGCCUGUCUUCAAGGCGCGUUACGUUGCACGAGGCUUCAGUCAGCGAGAGGGAGUCGACUUCUUCCAGACCUUCUCCCCGACCCCGAAGAUGACCACUCUUCGGGUGCUGCUGCACGUUGCCGCUCAGCGUGACUACGAGCUCCACUCGCUUGACUUCAGCACUGCUUUCCUGCAGGGCAGCCUGCACGAGGAGAUCUGGCUGCGCCGUCCACCUGGCUUCACUGGGUCGUUCCCUCCUGGUACCCAGUGGAGCCUCUGA